UAGAGCAGAAAACAAGUUGACCCCUGCAGAGCCAAAGAUCGCAUGCACCACCCAGACCCAGAUAACUGAGAGCCAAACUAGGAGCUCGCGCGCGUUUCCAUGGCUACGCCGACGGUCGUGCUCCUGCCGGUCUGGGCGUCGGGCCAUUUCAUGCCGACGCUCGAGGCCGGCAAGCUCCUCGUUGCGGCCCUCGGCGCCGGCUUCUCGCUCACCGUGCUCGUCAUGGGCGCACCGACGCGCGAGUCCGCUCUGGAGGUAGCCGCGCACGUCGCACGCGAGGCCAACGGCGGCGUGGUGAGUUUCCGCCACCUCCCGCCCGUGGAACCGCCGACGGACUGCGCGACCGUCGAGGAGUUCACCUCCCGCUACAUCCAUCUCCACGCGCCGCACGUAAAGGACGCCGUGGCCGCGCUGCCCGGCCCCGCAGUCGCGCUCGUCGUCGAGUUCACCUCCACGACCAUGCUCGACGUCGCGCGCGAGCUCGGCGUGCCGGCGUACGUGUACUUCGCGUCGUCUGCCGCCAUGCUCGCGCUCAUGAUGCGGCUGCCGGCGCUCCACGAGGAGGUGCCCGCGGAUUUCGCGGAGAUGGACGGGGAGCUGGUGGUGCACGACGUGCCCGGCUUGCCGCCGCUGCCGGCUUCGUGCAUGCCGGCGUCCGUGAUGGUGAAAAGCAGCCCUAGCUACGCGGACACCGCGUACCAUGGUGGCCGACUCGCGGAGGCCGCGGGCAUAAUCCUGAACACGGUGGCCGAGCUGGAACCGGCGGUGGUUGCGGCGGUCGCGGAGGGGCGGUGCAUGCCCGGGCGCCCGCCGCCUGUUGUGUACCCCAUCGGACCGGUGAUCCCGUCAGCUGCUGAUAGCAGUGACCACGAGUGCCUCCGGUGGCUCGACGCGCAGCCACGGGGCUCGGUAGUCUUCCUCUGCUUUGGCAGCAUGGGAUUCCUCGGAGCGACGCAGGUGAGGGAGGCCGCCGUUGGUCUCGAGCGAAGCGGGCACCGGUUCCUGUGGGUUCUACGGACGCCACCGCCGGACGCCGACGGCCUGGAGCUGCUCCCGGAGGGAUUCUUGGAUCGGACGAGGGGGAGAGGUCUCGUUUGGCCGGCGUGGGCGCCGCAGAGGGAGGUCCUCGCCCACCCCGCCGUGGGUGGCUUUGUGACGCACUGCGGCUGGAACUCGGUGCUGGAGGCCCUGCGGUUCGGCGUGCCGAUGGCGCCAUGGCCGCUGUACGCGGAGCAGCACCUGAAUGCGUUCGAGCUCGUGGUCGCCAUGGGCGUGGCCGUCAAGAUGGGCGUGGACAGGAAGAGGAAUAACUUGGUCGAGGCGGCGGAGCUGGAGCGGGCGCUACGGUGCCUCAUGGACGGCAGCGGCACGGAGGGGACGCAGGCGAGGGAGCGAGCUGCGGAGGCCAAGGCCGCCUGCCUCAAGGCGGUGGAGGGCGGAGGGUCGUCUUACGGUUCGUUACAGGCCGCCGCGGCAGCCGUUGGGCGUGCGUGGGACGUGAGAAGCACUGGUGGUGGUGGACGGCAAUGAAUGCCACGAUUGAUUCAUUUCUACUGGACCCAGGGGAUCGAUCGUCUACUGUCUUCUUCAACUCCAUGACACCAUGAAACUGCAAACCCACAUGUUAAAUCGACCACAU